GACCGCUUGACGUAGCCCCCUCCCCGCAAAGGGAAAAGGGAAGGAAUCGCACUCGCCCUCGCGAGCACCACCACCAGUCGACGCAAGCCGAGGUUCUCCCUGUCCCCCCAUUCCUCACGCCGUCGCCGGGCGCAGAUCCGGCCAGCGACGCGAUCCCCCACGCAGAUCCGAGCAGGGUGCCCUUACCCAGCACCCGCCCCUGUUCGUCCUCUCGUCGUCGCGUUCCCGGAGGGGAGUGGCACGCAGUGGGAGAUCCUUCCGCCUUCCCUGCCUGGGCUGGCGUCUUCCGUUCCCGCGGAAUUAGUCAAGUUACUGUCAAUGCUCCAGAUAUAACCGAAAACCAUGGGAGAAGUUACUGAAAAUAAUUCAGACAUGUCUAUUCUACAAAGAAUCGCUACAAGUGACGUACCAUUUUUGAAAGACUAUGGUCUGAAUGGAGUCGUUGGUGCUGUGCUUCUGGCUAUAGUUAUUCCUUUCUUGCUUACCUCAGUGUUUAGCAGAAAGACAAAGAAAAGGGCAGUGCAAGCUGAUGUGGGUGGGGAGCCAGGACUUGCCAUGCGAAACAGUAGAUUUUCCUCCUUAGUUCAAGUCCCAUGGGAGGGUGCCACCACGAUGGCAGCUCUAUUUGAGAUGGCCAGCAAAAAAUACUCUCGACGGAAGUGUCUUGGCACAAGGAAGCUAAUUAAUAGGGAAUUUGUUGAAUCUGCUGAUGGUAAGAAGUUUGAGAAACUGCAUCUUGGUGAAUAUGAAUGGGAUACCUAUGCAGAAGCAUUUAAUCGUGCAUGUAAUUUUGCUUCUGGACUUAUCAAGAUGGGCCACAAUCUAGAUAGCCAUGCAGCAAUCUUCUCUGAUACAAGAGCUGAGUGGAUCAUUGCUGCCCAGGGAUGCUUCCGACAAAAUUUGACGGCUGUAACAAUUUAUGCUUCACUUGGUGAGGAUGCAUUGGUGCAUUCACUAAAUGAGACACAGGUUUCAACUCUGAUAUGUGAUUCAAAGCAACUUAAGAAGCUACCUGCAAUCAGCUCUAAAUUGAAGAGUCUUAGGCAUGUUAUCUAUAUUGAGGAUGAACCUGUCGAGGCCGAGACACUGAAUCAAAUGAAGCAUUGGACAACAUUGUCUUUCACUGAAGUAGAGGAACUGGGCAAAACAUCACACAUUGAUGCAAGGUUACCUUCAAGCUCUGAUACUGCGGUUAUCAUGUAUACCAGUGGAAGCACUGGUCUUCCCAAGGGUGUUAUGAUCACGCAUGGAAACAUGGUGGCCACAACUGCAGCAGUCAUGACAAUCGUCCCAAACCUUGGCAUGGACGAUGUGUAUCUGGCUUACCUUCCAUUAGCUCAUGUCUUUGAGCUAGCAGCAGAGACUGUCAUGUUGGCUUCUGGUACUGCUAUUGGAUAUGGUACAGCUCUGACUAUGACUGAUACAUCGAACAAGAUUAAGAAGGGGACAAAAGGAGAUGUUUCUGUACUGAAACCUACACUUAUGAUCUCAGUUCCUGCAAUUUUGGAUCGCAUCAGAGAUGCAGUGUUUAAGAAGGUUGGUGAGAAGGGUGGGGUGACAAAAAAACUGUUUGAUUUUGCAUAUAAUCGAAAUCUAGCAGCAAUUGAAGGGAGUUGGUUUGGAUCUUGGGCACCAGAGAGGAUGAUAUGGGAUAACCUUAUUUUUAAACCGAUACGGGCAAUGCUUGGAGGACGUGUAAGAUUUGUUCUUUGUGGUGGUGCACCUUUAUCAAGUGACACACAGAGGUUUAUGAAUAUAUGUCUAGGUGUCCCAGUAGGUCAAGGAUAUGGAUUGACUGAAACUUGUGCUGGAGCAGCUUUCUCUGAAUGGGAUGACACAAGUGUGGGCCGUGUUGGUCCACCACUUCCUUGCUGCUAUGUCAAGCUUGUUUCAUGGGAAGAAGGUGGUUAUACUAUUUCUGAUUCUCCAAUGCCAAGAGGAGAGGUUGUGGUUGGUGGGUACAGUAUAACGAAAGGUUAUUACAACAAUGAAGCAAAAACGAAUGAAGUAUACAAGGUUGAUGAGAGGGGCAUGCGCUGGUUCUACACUGGUGAUAUUGGUCAGUUCCAUCCUGAUGGGUGCAUUGAGAUUAUUGACAGGAAAAAGGAUAUAGUGAAACUUCAACAUGGAGAAUAUGUCUCUCUUGGCAAGGUUGAAUCAGCUCUAUCGACAAGCAAUUAUGUGGACAACAUCAUGGUUUACGCCGAUCCAUUUCAUAAUUAUUGUGUUGCCCUGGUUGUUCCGGCACACCAGGCCUUGGAGAAGUGGGCUCAAAAUUCAGGGAUAAAUUAUAAAGACUUUGAAGAGCUUUGCCAAAAUGAUCAAGCAAUUAAGGAGGUUCAGCAAUCCUUAUCAAAGGCUGGAAAAGCGGCUAGGCUUGAGAAAUUUGAGAUACCAGCAAAGAUCUUGUUGCUGCCUGAACCGUGGACUCCAGAGUCUGGGCUAGUGACAGCAGCACUUAAACUGAAGAGGGAACAGAUAAAAACCAAAUUCAAAGAUGAUUUGAACAAGCUUUAUCACUGAAGCAGCGACAGAAGGGUGUUUGGACCUUAUGUUUUCUGAAGGUGAUCGAAGCAGCAUGGGACCUACUGACCUGCAAUGAAUAAGCGAGCUGUGUGUAUGUCUGCUACGGGAGCUUGUUCUUCCGUGGGCAAUGGAUGCUCAAUUCUGUCCAUUCACGACCAUAAAUCUAGUGUUUUUUCCUUGUAGUGCUAAUAACUGGAGGACAUUGCAAAUGUUUAUCCAAAAGUUUAAAUGAUGUAAUGUAAAGCCUGUCUCGGGCUCGGGCUU